GGGGAGUGAGUCUUUGUACAGUCAGGGCUUCUGCUGGGCAGGGCCAGCUGCUAAUCUUCCAGGCGGACACCGGGGUGGGGGGGGGGGCGAGAUGGGGCAUAUAGGUGGCGUCCGCUGCUGAGAAACACCUAGCGCAGGUAAAAGGGUGGCGACAAGAGGGAGUUCCCACCUGUUGCGCUCUAAAAGAAAUGAAGACUUGAGAAAAUAGCAAGGAGGGGCCGAUCUGUGGCUUUUAGACGCGCCUGGAGCCCCACCCUCGGCCGGAGGAAAAGCCCCUUGGGUGCGAGGCCAGCCCUCCAGAGAAAGCCAGAGGAAAAGCGCCUCUCCCCGCGCGCCACCUUCUGUGCCUCGCACUCGUCCUGCGCGGCUGGCCCAGAGCCUGCACUCCGGCCGCGGCCUUUGGCCCCGCGGAGCCUUCCCACCCCGACCUCCGGGCGCUUCUGCGGUGACCUGUCCCCGAGUGCUCCCAUGGCGCUCGCCCGCCCCGCACGCUCCCGGAGCGCAGCCCUGUGCUGGCAACUGCUGCUGACCCUCUCGAUCUUAACAUUUGCCUGUGAUGCCUGCAAAAAAGUCAUACUACAUGUUCCCUCCCAACUAGAUGCUGAGAAAUUUGUUGGUAGAGUUAACCUGAAGGAGUGCUUUCAAUCUGCAAAUCUAAUUCAUUCAAGUGAUCCUGAUUUCCAAAUUUUAGAAGACGGUUCCAUCUAUGCAACAAAUGCCAUUCUUUUGUCAUCUGAGGAGAGAAGUUUUACCAUAUUACUUUACAACACUGAGAACCAUGAAGAAAGGAAACUGCGUGUUCUUUUACAGCAUCAAACAAAGGUAUUAAAGAAGAGGCAUUCUAAAGAAAAAGUUCUAAGACGUGCCAAGAGAAGAUGGGCUCCUAUUCCUUGUUCAAUGCAGGAGAAUUCCUUGGGUCCUUUCCCACUUUUUCUUCAACAGAUUCAAUCUGACACUGCACAAAACUACACUAUAUUCUAUUCCAUAAGAGGACCUGGGGUGGACCGAGAACCUAUGAAUUUGUUUUAUGUGGAGAGAGAUACUGGAAACCUGUAUUGUACUCGUCCUGUAGAUCGUGAGGAGUAUGAAUCCUUUGAGCUAAUUGCCUUUGCCACAACUCCAGAUGGAUAUACUCCAGAGCUUCCCCUGCCCUUGGUAAUCAGAAUUGAGGAUGAAAAUGAUAACUAUCCAAUUUUUACAGAAACAACUUACGUUUUUACAGUUUCUGAAAAUUGCAGAGUUGGUUCUACCGUGGGACAGGUAUGUGCGACGGACAAAGAUGAACCUGACACUAUGCACACACGUCUCAAGUACUCCAUCAUCGAGCAGUUGCCAGCAUACCCCACGCUCUUUUCCAUGCAUCCAACUACAGGCGUGAUCACCACGUCCUCAUCUCAGCUAGACAGAGAGCUAAUUGAUAAAUACCAACUGAAAAUAAAAGUACAAGACAUGGAUGGUCAAUAUUUUGGUUUGCAGACAACUUCAACUUGCAUCAUAAAUAUUGGAGAUGCAAAUGACAACUUGCCAACUUUUACCCGUACUUCUUAUGUGACAUCAGUGGAAGAAAAUACAGUUGAUGUGGAAAUCUUACGUGUUACUGUGGAGGAUAAGGACUUAAUGAAUACUGCUAAUUGGAGAGCGAAUUAUACCAUUUUAAAGGGCAAUGAAAAUGGGAAUUUUAAAAUAGUAACAGACCCCAAAACCAAUGAAGGAGUUCUGUGUGUGGUUAAGCCGCUGAAUUAUGAAGAAAGACAACAGGUGAAUCUACAGAUUGGGGUAGUUAAUGAAGCUCCGUAUUCUAAAGAGGCUAGUUCACGAUCAGUCAUGAGCACCGCGACAGUUACUGUUAAUGUAAAAAAUCAGGACGAGGGCCCUGAGUGUAGCCCUUUGGUGCAAACCGUUCAAAUUAAAGAAAAUGUGCCAGUGGGAACAAAGAGCCGUGGAUAUAAAGCAUAUGAUCCCGAAACAAGAAGUAGCAGUGGCAUAAGGUAUAAGAAAUUAACUGAUCCAAAAGGGUGGGUCACAAUUAAUGAAAACGAAGGAUCAAUCACAGUUUUCAGAAACCUGGACAGAGAGGCGGAAAGUGUCAGAGGUGGCAUAUAUAAUAUCACAAUUCUUGCAUCAGACAAAGAUGGGAGAACCUGUACUGGAACACUGGGAAUUAUACUUGAAGAUGUGAACGAUAAUGGCCCCGUGAUACCAAAACGGACAGUAGUAAUCUGCAAACCCGUCCUGGCAUCUGCGGAUAUUGUUGCAGUUGAUCCCGAUGAGUCUGCGAAUGGCCCGCCCUUUGACUUCCGUUUGGACAGCGAUGCUGAUUCAGACAUAGAAAGAAAGUGGAGAUUGAGAAGAAUUAACGAUACGGCAGCUCGUCUUUUCUUUCAGGAGGACCUUCCAUUUGGAACUUAUCAAGUACCUGUCAGAGUUACAGAUAGACAUGGCAUGUCGCUCAUUACUCCACUAACUGUUAAGUUAUGUGACUGUGUUACUGAAAAUGACUGCACGCUUCGCACUGAUCCAAGGAUCGGCCACGGAGAAGUGAGACUUGGAAAGUGGGCCAUCCUUGCCAUAUUGUUGGGCAUAGCCUUGCUCUUUUGUAUCCUGUUUACCUUAGUCUGUGGAGGUACUGGGGCAGCUAAGCAGCCCAAAGUAUUUCCUGAUGAUUUAGCCCAGCAGAACCUCAUUGUGUCAAACACGGAAGCUCCAGGAGAUGACAAAAUAUGUUCCACCAAUGGUUUCACAACACAUACUGUGGGCAGUUCUGCUCAGGGAAUUUGUGGUACCAUGGGAUCAGGAGUGAAAAACGGAGGGCAGGAGACCACUGAAAUGGUGAAAGGCGGACACCAGACCCUGGAUUCGUGCCGGGGAACUGGGCACCAUCACACCCUGGAUUCCUGCCGGGGGGGACCUGUGGAGGUGGACAACUGCCGAUAUACGUACUCCGAGUGGCACAAUUACACUCAGCCUCGUCUUGGUGAAAAGGUGCAACUGUGUAAUCAGGAUGACAAGCAUAGACACGCUCAAGACUAUGUCCUGACGUAUAACUACGAAGGCAAAGGAUCGGUGGCUGGUUCUAUAGGUUGUUGCAGUGAACGACAAGAAGAAGAUGGGCUUGAAUUUUUGGAUCAUUUGGAACCCAAGUUUAGGACACUAGCAGAAGCAUGCAUAAAGAGAUGAAUGUGUUCUGAUAAGUCUGCAAAAGCCAGUGGCUUUAUCUCCCUCCCACCCGCGCUAUUUUCAUUACAGCCCAUGUUUUUUAAAAAAUUGGAUAUGCUGUUUCAGGUUUUCCCCUCUUUAUUUCAAUGGUAUCUCUUUAAACAUAUGCAUAUUUACAGAAAAAAGCUGUAAAUACGUAUACAAAUCUCCCAAGUUUUGCAUAGUUAUUAAUUAGUUGUCUUCUACCCAAGGAGACCUACAGAUAGAAAAAUUAAAGAAGUCUGUGUUACUGUUUACAUUUGGGUAUAAUGACAAUAGCCAAUUUAUUAUGCCAUCGAAUGUAAUGAGUUCAAAUGUGUGUCAUACACUACUUAAAGGAUAACCUAAUAGAAAAUUGUAGAGAACUCGCUUUAACAUUAAUUAGUUGUUUGUACGGUGUUUGAAAACUGCUAUUCUCCUAAACAUUGUAAAGUGUGUAUAUUGCAUCCUUGAUAAUGUUUUAUUCUUAGAACAUUACCUUUCUUUCUAAUGCAAAGGGAGCGUCCCAACCAGGCAUUGACUGGUGGUAAUACAACUCCAUUUUGGUAGAGUUUAGUUUCUGUUUUACUCUAUAAAAUCCUGUGCUGAAUCUACGUUUCUCUGUUAAUCUACCUUGACAGCAAAGUUUAAGUUUAAAAACUGCUUUAAGGAUGUGUUUUUACUUCUGCAAGGUUUUGGUCCUUGGUCUCUCUCUGUUUCUUUCUCUCUCUCCCUCUCACUCUCUCUCUUUUUUUUUUUU